AUGGUCAAGAUUAUGCGCUCUCUCUUCAUCCUUGCCACUGCAGCAUUCGCAGUCGCGGAGACGCCAACACAACGGUGCUCCGGCUACAACCAACUCGUUCAGUGCUGUGAGAACGUCGUCAUCGCAAACAAGGCUCCCCUCGCUGCAUUGAAUGUCGACGCUGGACCACUAGACCCCUCCAAGUACGUCGGACUUGGGUGCAGUUUACCCAGAAUUGUUAUCGCCCAGUCUGCCGUUAGCUGUUCGAGUCCCGGUGCCACGGAAUUGUGCUGCAGUACUAACAUCUUUGUUGCGAACGAUGGAACGUUCACUGCAGUGAACUGUACAAUGGCCGCAUGA